AUGGGGUCGCCAAACGACAGUUAUGUGGUGAAAAUUGCGAAUUUAGCAAUCACCACAAAAGAAGAUGAUAUCCGUCACAUGUUUGGAUAUAUCGGUCGCCUGGAGGACUGCCAGAUGUAUCCUAGAAAUGUUUCAUUGAUGCCAGUCCCGUCCAAAGUCGCUUUUGUCAAGUAUAGACAUAAACGGGACGCAGCUGUGGCGCUUCAUUUAACAAAUUCAAUCUUGGUCGACAAGUGUAUUCAAGUUAUUCCCUGGAGAAAUGAUGAAAUGCCAUCAGAAGCCGUAGCGCUCCAGCAACUUUUCCCUGGAAAAGGAUACGGGCAGAAUGCGCAAAACAAACCGACCCUCGAAAUUUUGCUGAAAAACGAAGGCUUCGAAGCUGCUCCUACUAUUCCGCCAUCAGUGGACAUCGAGAUUCGUGAGCAAAUUCAACGAACAAUCCAUAUUCGCGGACUUGACCCUUCCAAGACUACCAAUGCUGCCCUUUUGGAGUUCUUUGAAAAAUGUGGAGAAGUGAAGUACUGUACGCUCGCUGGGGAAGGUGAUUUUGCUGAAGAAUGCGAUGGUUACGUUGAGUUCUCUGAAAUCACAAGUAUUAUCAACGCGCUCAAACUUGAAGACAAAACAAUCAAUGAAAAACCAUUCACGGUGGAAAUGUCUAGAUGUGCAAUUUUGAAGAGCGCUGUGAAGCCGAAAAUGCCCGCUGAUGCGGCUAUUGAAAUCGCUGACGCCUUAAAAGCGGCCAAAGAUGGACGGCUUCCAAGUGGUUUCUUCGGAGAAGCAACUGGCAAUCUCGAUCCCGAGGAGCAAGAGGCUCUUGAUGCGAAGAAAAAAGAGCGUCGGGAUAAAGAAAGAAAAGAACGAAAACGAUCUCGAAAAAGCGUUCCCGAAGCCGCAAGCGUUCCAGAAGUCGAAAGAGAUCCAGAAGUCGAAAGCGAUCCAGAAGUCGAGAUAGAAAACGACGAUCACGAGACCGAUCCCGCGAGAGAUCGAAAAAGUCGAAACGCUCCAAGAGAUCAAGAUCGAAGGAAAGAAAACGCGAUUCAAGGGAACGAUCAAAAUCCAAAGAGAACGAAACACGAAGAGAAAAAUCGAAGUCGAAAUCGAGAGACCGAGAAAUCAAGGAGGAAAAACCUGAUUCACCCGCUCGCGAAAAAACUCCUGAGAAACAAGAGACGAUGGAAGCUUGAGAAGCUAAAAUUAGCUUAUUAG